GGCCCCGUAGUUUAAAGAUGGCGGCCUUGGCGGCCAGAGGAACCGUGGCGAUGCGAGCAAAUAUUAAUCGGCACGUUGCUUUUGUUAGAAAAAUCCCUUGGACCGCGGCGUCGAGUGAGCUGAGAGAACACUUUGCACAGUUUGGCCAUAUACGAAAGUGUAUUGUACCUUUU